CUGUAGGGUGACAGAGGUCCUUCAGGCCUCAGUGGCGACAAGGGAGAAAAGGGCGUCGCUGGACUGUCAGGACUCAAGGGUGACCUGGGUUUCCCGGGUCCCCCAGGAUUGCCAGGACUGCCAGGAGAAAAGGGUGUCCCUGGCUUUGGCAGACCCGGCCCCACUGGCCCCAAGGGAGAACCCGGACGAGUCGGACUACCUGGCCUCGACGGCAUCUCAGGCGACAAGGGCGACUCUGGCCCAGUCGGGCCCAUGGGCCUCAAGGGCAACCCGGGUGCCCCCGGGUACCGAGGUGGGCCAGGCAUGCCCGGCCUCGACGGAGUGCCGGGGGCCACGGGUGACAAGGGCGACCAGGGCUGGCCCGGGUUGCCGGGGUCCAAAGGAGAGCGAGGGUUGCCGGGACAGGCAGCCCUGGACGGGGCCAAGGGGGACAAAGGGGACAGGGGUCCCAUUGGGUUCCCGGGCUUGCCGGGGCUCAAGGGAGACCGUGGGCCAGGUGGCCCAGUUGGAGAACCCGGCACGCUGGGCGAGAAAGGACAGAAGGGAGACCCGGGGGUCGCAGGGAUCGCAGGGGACCACGGCGAGAAGGGCAACCCGGGGAUCCCGGGAACCCCAGGCAGAGACGGGACCAAGGGAGACCGAGGAGCAGCUGGGAUCCCGGGCCAGCCGGGCCUGGAUGGCUUGCCUGGCAUCAAGGGGGACUCUGGGCCACGUGGCCCACCUGGCCUGAUGAUUCACGGAGAGAAGGGGCUGCCGGGUUUGCCGGGGAAACCAGGGAAACCCGGGUUGUCUGGGCUGUCGGGUGGCAAGGGUGAGCCAGGGUUGCCGGGUUUACCCGGGGUGACAGGGGAACCAGGCCCAGUUGGGCCACUGGGGCUCAAGGGCGACAAAGGAAGUGAUGGCCGCACUGGGCCACCCGGUGUGCCGGGGGCCAAGGGUGACUAUGGGCCUCGUGGGCCACCUGGCCCUUCAGGCCCACCCGGCAUGAAGGGAGACGUUGGUUAUUUUGGAGCCCCGGGUUUGCCUGGACCAAAGGGAGACCUUGGAUUACCCGGACCGCAAGGAUUGUCAGGGCCACCUGGCCCGCCGGGUCCCAGAGGACUCACUGGGCUCAAGGGCGAAAGAGGACCCGAGGGCCUUCCAGGGAACUUUGGAUCCCCUGGCAGACCCGGGCUGAAGGGCGACAAGGGUCCGCCAGGGUUGCCAGGAGGCAUUGGCGCCAAGGGAGAACAGGGCCCACCUGGCCCGCCGGGACUGCCAGGCGAGCCUGGGAGACCAGGCUUUGAUGGCCCACCGGGGCUGCAAGGCAUCAAGGGAUUGAAGGGAGAAGCUGGUCUGGACGGGUUGCGAGGUCCUGUUGGACGGCCAGGAGACAAGGGGGCUGCUGGUCUCACUGGUUUGGAGGGUCCCAGGGGUCCACCCGGGGCACCCGGAGAAAAGGGCAGCAGAGGGCCGGGUUGCUCGGCCUCCCAACAAAUCCCCAUGACCGGGCUUAUGUUCGUGCGACACAGUCAGGGCUCGGAGACGCCAGAAUGCCCCUCAACAGGAGUGACACCUAUGGUCAAACUCUGGGACGGCUACAGCUUACUCUACAUCGAGGGCAACGAGAAGGCGCACUCCCAAGAUUUAGGGUGCUGGGAAAGUGCAAAGAACGACAAGAGCUACUGGCUGUCCACGAACCAGGCCAUCCCCAUGAUGCCCGUGGGCGAGGACGCCAUCAAGCCCUUUAUCUCGCGAUGCGUCGUCUGCGAGGCGCCGGCCACCGUCAUUGCGGUGCACAGCCAGAGCCUGCAAGUGCCGCCCUGUCCCCAGGGCUGGGGAGAGCUCUGGAACGGCUACAGUUUCGCCAUGCACACUGGCGCCGGUUCCGAAGGCGGCGGCCAGAGCCUCUCGAGCCCGGGGUCGUGUCUGGAGAACUUCCGGGCGACGCCGUUCAUCGAGUGCAACGGCGGCCGUGGCACCUGCCACUACUUUGCCAACAAGUUCAGCUUCUGGUUGGCCACAGUGGACGGCCGCGAGUUCGCCAGCCCGAAGCCGCAGACGCUCAAGGGCAACCGGUUGCGCGAGAAGGUGUCUAGAUGUCGCGUCUGCGUCAAACUCCCUCCUAAUCAACAGCAGCAGCAGCAACAGCAGUUGGGCGGGUUGGACAACACCAAUGAUGGCUACAUCAAUAACUACCCGCGGGGGUAGAUGACCAUCCAUACACCGUAUAAUUGACUGAUGUGCUGGAGUGACCGAACCAUAUUCGUAUAUGUUCCAUCUGCUUCGUUCUGUCAUCCUGUAUUAGUUGUUGUUGGUGAUGUUCUGCUGUAUCUGCUCAUCCACUGCCAUAUUUCUGACUUGAUUUGCAAAAUUCGGACUUGUUGUCAUAUAUGGGACCAGCGCAACUGCAACUCCAAUUAACACAUUACAUGAGCAUGCAUACACAUACAGUAUAUACCAGGAUGCAUAUAUUUCCCAUGAAUGAUCAUCCAUUCCAUAAAAGAUAUAGGUGCCAUACCCAUCAACCUUCUGUAUUAAAUGUGCCAAUAGGUAAAUUAAUUUUUAUAGAAAAAACAUCAGGAAGAGAACAAAUUUAAUCUGCUCUGUGGACCAUGAAAUGAAUUCAGUAGCUUAAUUAUAUCAAGCCACCUGCUGAAGGGGAAAAUUGUGCAGAUUCAUGCAUUACAGAUAGCGCCUUGCAAUUCAACCCCAAUCUGUUUCUGGACUAGAAUCAAAUUUUGUAGAUGUCAAAUGCAAUAUUUUCUAAAUUGUAUUUGAUGUUUUGUGUCUCUAUUUGGGUUAAAUUGUGGGACAGAGGCCAAAUUGCAAGUCAACCUUUCAGCAAAUAUGACCGUCAAAUGGCAUGAUGGACAAAUUUCAGGGUGCUAAAAGGGUGCUAAAGUACCAUACCUGUAAUGUAAAUCCAGCCAUGGCUGUCUGAAUAAUCAAUUAUAAUUUGAUUUGAUUCUACAUGUUUUUCACUUGGUCUCAUUCAAUAUAUAUACCUGAUAUGCUGGUGGAGAAAAAUUUACCCAGAACUUUGCCAACUGGUUUCUCAUGAAUACACUAGUUAACUUUCCUCUUGUUUGUGCCAAAAUGAAAAUAAUGGCAUCCCGUCAUUUGAAUCAAUUUUUGCACACACACAAAAAUGACACAUGUCUUGAAAAUAUGCCCUAGAUUUGGAAUUUGCAGGAGAGAAAUUGAAGUGAGGUCUGUCUACAUGGUGGGUAUUAUGGUACAUUUGGUGCAAGAUUUUUAAAUACUGCCAUAAGAAAACGCUUUUCAUGCUUGGUUGCUGAAGCACUGAGUUUUGCACAUUAAGUGUCAAUUUUUGGAAGGGGAGAUGAGGGACAUGUAGAAGAGGGACAGAAAAAAGAACAAGCAUAGAGCUAUGGGGAAAACUGAAGAGCAUUUUUGCUUGUUUUUUUUUGUGGAAUGUUUUUCUCUCAAAAAUAGCUGAUUCACCCGGUAUUUUUGUAUGUUCUCUGCCAAUAAGUGACUAAAGCUGAAAAUUCCCGGGAAAUGAAUCCCAAGAAACCCGUGGAAUUUGUUUCUUUUUAUUGUGGUUUAAACGCAGGGGAAAAAAAGAGAAGGAAAUCAUCCAUCCGCGGAAAUGUUCCCUUUACACCACUGCCUAUAUAUUUCGAAAAGAAAAGGAAACGAAUGAGAGGGAAAAAUUGGGGAUAAAAUUUAUGAGUGUGUGUGUGUGUGUUUUUGUUUCGUUUCUUCUUUUUAUUCUGUCCCCUGGGCAUUUCAACGAGAUUGUGUGAUGGUGUACAAUAUUUUAGAAACGACCUUUUGACUUUUAUUCUCUACAGCUCUCAUCUUUUCUCUAUACGAGGUUUAUUGUCUCCUGCUUCUGAUGGUGGAAUCACACAAUCUUAGAACUUUGGUGACUAUGUUUACUGAUGACGUUGCGGAAAUGUGUUCAGAAUAAAAUUUUAUUGAAAUA